CACACCUAUAUAUCACAUAUAUAUGGCCUAUAUACGAGUUGUAGUGUUUGCGGGUUUAGUAUUUAUUUAACGGAGUAUGCGAAGGUAUAAUAUUAAAUGCUGAGAUUUAUGCUUUGAAAGUAGAAAAGAAUGCCAAUACAAUUUGAGUAGUUCAGGAUCGUACCAGUCGUGCGAAGGUGUUGUAAUCCGCAGUGAAGGAGUUCUGGUACUUAAAAAAAUCACCGCAAAUUUGGGGAUUUGACAUAGGUGCCUGCUUGGAGUGCAAUGGAAAACAAAGUAAAUGAUGUGCGGAGGGACAAUACUACAGGGAAUGACAAGCCAAAGGCGACGAAACUGUCUUCCUAUGUCUUGGCUUUGCGACCAUGGUCCCUCAGUGCAUCACUCAUGCCAACAUUAUUAGGCUCUGCCAUUGCUUACAAAUGUAAUAAUAAUAUAAGUGACUUCAGCUGGCUUAUAUUUCUGUGUACUUUAUUCACUGCUGUAUGUGUGCAUGGUGCUGGAAACAUAGUGAAUACUUACUAUGACUAUGUAAAAGGAAUAGAUGGUAGAAAAAGUGAUGAUCGUACACUUGUGGACCACAUUCUUUCCAAAGAUGAAGUUGUAACACUUGGUGGCAUGUUGUAUGCUGCUGGCUGUGUAGGUUUCAUAUUUUUAUUACUUAUAUCACCAGCCAAGUUUGAGCACCUAGUCAUGGUGUAUUUUGGUGGGUUGUCCAGCUCUUUUCUGUACACAGGUGGGAUUGGACUGAAGUAUAUUGCACUAGGUGAUGUAUUGGUAUUGAUUAUAUUUGGACCAAUAUCGGUUCUUUUUGCUUUCAUGUCUCAGACAGGACAUAUUGAAUGGGCAACUAUUUACUAUGCCAUUCCUCUAGCACUGAACACAGAGGCCAUUUUGCAUAGUAACAACACACGAGACAUGGAGAGUGAUUGUCAGGUAGGCAUUGUUACACUGGCUAUCCUCAUUGGCCACACAGCAUCACAUAUCCUGUAUGCAUUCCUCCUCUUUACACCAUAUAUCUUUUUUGUUGGCCUUGGUGUUCGUCACACCCUUUGGUUUUUCCUUCCCCUUAUCACUUUGCCUGCGGCCUUCCGCAUUGAAAAGCAGUUUCGAUGCUUGGAUACAAUUCAGGAAGUACCAAAGCAAACAGCAAAACUGAAUUUGUACUUUGGCUUUCUCUAUGUUCUUGCCUGCAGCCUUGCAGAUACAGAACAGCUUCCAUUUAUUCAUUGAAGUGCUAAAUAAAACUGUACUGAAACUCGUGAUAUUUUUAUUUAUCCAGAAGGAUAAAUGUUUUAAUGCAGCUUAGUAUUAAUGACCAACAAGGCCAGCACAAAGAUUUGAAAUGCACUCAGAUGCAUGAAAUCAGUUAAAAUUAUAUGCAGUACAGUAUGUACUAUUGCCCUCAACAAUUCAUGACAAUAACAAUCCUGCAUCUGUUACAUGCACAGUUGGGGCCAUGUACUUGUAAUGAGUUAUGUUCUAUUGAACAAGUAGAGUAAAACAAAGUAACUGUGCGUGUUGAACUAUUCAUGAUGGUUGAAGUCAGUCACAGUUAUCUUGGAUAACAUGUAUGAUAUGUUAGGUCUACUUGUAAAAUAUUUUUUUGGACAAAAAACAGAAGUGGAUCUUAUGAAUAGGUUAUAUACAGAAAAUCUGCAUUUAAGCCUACAUGUGAAUGUGACUGUUUUCUAAGAAGCAUGUUAUCUGUUUAGAAUCACUGAUUUAUGUUUGUGUUGCAUUUAUUUUCCCUUAUUUCCUGUAGAUUAUACAUUUACAUACACUAUAGUAUGUUUAUAAGAAUUGUUCAUUAAAUUGAUGCAGACUGCUGCCAGGUCUUGACAUUGUUAAGUGGGUCUUGCCUCAUUUUUGAACAGGUUUACCAUUCGGUGACUGUGGUAUGUUUGGUAUAUAUCCACUUUAAUGUCACACUUCAUAACCCAAUCAUCAUGCAUGCAAAAAAAAAAA